AUGAACGUCUACGAGAUCUCGUCUUCCGGCGCUCCGAGCCCGGCCCCAGAAGGCGUAUCCACUCCGCCAGCACCGGACAUGCCAGUCAAGGGCAAGAAUCGACAUCGUCUUAUUCAAAGAAUCCAGCGAAUUUCCUCGACGCCCUCGCUGAGUGGCUUGCGCCGCUCCAAAUCUGUCGGGAGUCGCGGAAGCCCUUAUGGCACGAGAAGCACUCUCUCGUGUGUCAGUCUGGCAGCCACUGGACCACCCCAGUCCCAGGCUCCCUAUAGUGCCCGCUCAUCAACCCCACAGCCCUCACCUCUUGGCCUGCCUAGUACAUCAGGUUCAAGUCCUCAAUCUUCAGGAGAAUUCCCAUUUGUAACUCCUGGUAGCGAAUUGGCCAUUCGCAGAGUCGAAAAUGUCACGCCAAUUACUGCACCCAUAACCGCUCCUCUUCCAUCCGAGUUUCGGUCCAAGCAGGAUGUUCAGCUUCGAGUCCGUCCCGGUGUAAAGCCUAUCCAGAAGCCUCCAUUCCGCUUCUGGGAAAAGAUGCCCAAUGAACUUCAGAUUCACAUCUUCUCUUUCUUCCAGCCCAAGGAGCUUGUCCAGGCAUCUCGAGUCUCCAGGGCCUUUUACAAGACCUGUUUUGAUGGUCAGUUGUGGACAUCCCUCGAUGCCUCAGAAUUCUACCGCGAAAUUCCUGCCGAGUCGCUCGCCAGGAUCAUCAUCGCGGCAGGUCCCUUCAUCAAAGAUCUCAACCUGCGAGGAUGCGUACAGGUAGAACACUAUAAGCGCACCGAGGCUAUUGUCAAAGCAUGCAAGAACCUCAUGAAUGCGACACUGGAAGGUUGCCAGAACUUCCAAAAGAGCACGCUCCAUAGCUUGUUGCGAAGCAACGAGAAGCUCGUCAGCCUCAAUCUUACUGGGUUGACAGCCGUCUCUAACACAUCUUGCAAAAUCAUUGCUGAAUCGUGCCCUCAACUUGAAGCAUUCAACAUUUCGUGGUGCGGCAAGGUAGAUGCUCGAGGUAUCAAGGGAGUGGUUGAGGCUUGCCCAAGACUGAAGGAUCUCCGCGCCGGCGAGGUUAGUGGUUUCGAUAACGUUGCGACUGCCGAGGCCAUCUUCAAGACAAACAACCUGGAGAGAUUGGUUCUGAGUGGAUGCGCCGAGCUUAAUGACGAAGCUCUCAAGAUUAUGAUGCAUGGCGUUGAGCCUGAAAUCGAUAUUCUGACCGAUCGACCAGUUGUCCCUGCACGGAAGCUUCGACAUCUGGAUCUCAGUCGUUGCGUUCAACUCACAGAUGCGGGUGUCAAGACGAUAGGCCACUUGGUCCCAGACCUUGAGGGUCUGCAGCUUUCUGGCUGCAAGUUACUGAGCGAUGACGCUCUCGAAUCUAUUCUAGCAUCUACUCCUAGACUAACACAUCUCGAACUUGAGGACCUCGAGAACCUCACCAACUCGAUCUUAUCAGAACAUCUUGCCAAGGCCCCUUGCGCAACCUCGAUAGAACAUCUCUCCCUGAGUUACUGCGAAAGCCUGGGUGACACAGGAAUGAUUCCAGUCAUGCAGACAUGCACGAAUCUUCAAAAUGUCGACCUCGAUAACACUCGAGUUAGCGAUCUCGUCCUCGCCGAGGCAGCAGCCAUGGUCAUGAAGCGCUCUCGACGAUCGACGGAAAACGGAACACGGCCUAAGCUCAGCCUCCAGAUGGUCGUCUACGAUUGCCAAAACGUCACCUGGACUGGUGUCCGCGAGGUGCUUUUCCGAAAUACCCAAGUUAAGGCUGUCUCGGGCCAACCCGGCCGAGUCAGCUACCCUACCGAGAUGAUCGGACUCAAGUGUUUCUACGGCUUCCAGAUGACUGUGGAUGAGCAUCAAAAGCGAGUUAUGCGGGGUGAUCUGGCAUCCGCCGGCCGUCUUGAGAGAAAGUGGGCAGAUUACAUGCAGGCCACUGAAGAAGCAGGCAUGACAGGUGCAGGUCACCGAAGACGCAGGCGCCGAGCCAGAGAAGCCCAGGCUCUUCAUCUCGAUGAGGAGGACGGUGGCUUUGGUCCUACCGGACGCCGGAGGGCACGAACCCUAGGCUCAUGCACUGUCAUGUAA